GGAUGAUCUGGAUUCAGCUUUCGUCUGUCUCAGUGACUGAUUGUCAUCCAGCAGCUUGUUCUUAGCUGAGGUUCUAUGUAGCCCCUGGGGUUGUAAGAAGAUUAGCGGGUUGCUCCAUCCCAUGCUGCUCAUGGAGGGAGGAGAGUUGGAUCUAAAAUAACCCCUAAGUCCUCUCAGCAACAUGUUUACAGGUCAGGUUAGCAGACACACAUACACAGACACACUGAGGCAUCAUUGCAGCUCUCAGGUACAAUCAAACUUGAAUUAGCUCUCUCUCUCUCUCUCUCUCUCUCUCUCUCUCUCUCUCUCUCUCUCUCUCUCUCUCUCUCUUUUCUCUUUCUCUCUCUCUCUCUCUCUCUCUCGCUCUCUCUCUGUCACAAAGCACACAGGUAGAAUGAGAGAGGUUGGCUUAGGCUUUUCUGAGACGUGACAGCCAGCUUUCUGGAUGUUUCUCUCUGUCUCAGCUCAAGUCUGAGUUCCCAGCCAGCAUACUUAACCUGAUUUAAUGUAUGCGUCUGUGAGAGUGUGUGCACAAGCUCUAGAGUGGGUCGUAUGCUUUGUUUCCAUGCCGACCCUCAGGAUGGUGUGAGUCUGUUGUCUUUGGUGGACUGAAGGCAGAGCGGUAUCCUAUACUUCUGAGCACUGCAAGAAUGCCUGUGCAUCAGAUAUCAGUUGUGCCUAUCGCCAAGGAGACCGGCAGCAUCAGUCGCAGCUCUAGCAAGAUGAGAGACAAGAGUAAAGAGAAUGAGGGUGAGAACGCACCUGAACGAUCAAGAAGUCGAUCCAGCAAUAUAUCUAAGGCAAGUAGUUCCACCCAGGGAGUCGUGCUGAACAGUGUGUCUCAAACAUCAAUUACACCCUCCUCUCAGGACAUAUGCAGCUCACGUGGUCACACUAAUCUUGAAGUACAUGGCUCAGAUCAGACUACACUCAUCAUGCCCAUAAACCCUGCCACCGCUUCCGCCCCCACCGCAAAGCGACAAGUCAAACGUCGCAUUCGACGGCGACGGGAGAGCAGUGGGACCGGGGCCGUUGGGUGUGUCACGGAGUGUGUGGACCAACCGAGACGUUCACGGUCUUAUAAACAGGUGCAUACACACUCAGACUCAUCCUCAGAAGACGAGGAGCGCUGGAGAGAAACUCACUCCUGGAGCCGUGAAAAAGCAAGACGGAGACGCAGCAGCAGCAUACACAUGCAAGCGCAAUCCCGUGAGACACGGGACGGUAUUGAGCUCAUGUCUGGCAACUCAAAUGAGGGACAGAAAGAGAACCAGCCACCACAGUGCAAGGAACCCAAUGGCAAGACCCACAAAAAAUUGUCUUCAAAAAGGGAGGAGCGUGGAAGCCAAAGCCAGGCAGCAAAUCACAGCAAAGGAAGUGAGCGUGGUAGUAGUAGGUAUGGAACUGAGGAGGAGGAGCCUAUUACUAAGAAGUAUGAGGAACGAGGCUCAGGAGACCCAGAUAUGGCCGUCCCAUCCCCUUGUAAAUUCACAAAUCCCACCAAUCAGAAUGGCACCACUCCACAAGCAUGCACUGAUGAUGAACUAGAGGUGUGCAGGAUCUGUCACUGUGAAGGCGAUGAGGAAUGCCCUCUCAUCACUCCCUGCCGCUGUACAGGCAGUUUGCGUUUUGUCCACCAGGCAUGUUUGCAUCAGUGGAUCAAGAGCUCUGAUACACGCUGCUGUGAGCUGUGCAAGUAUGACUUCAUCAUGGAAACACACCUCAAACCUUUGUGCAAGUGGGAGAAGUUGCAGAUGUCUACAACUGAGUGGAGGAAGAUCGUCUGCUCUGUGGCCUUUCACCUGGCGGCCGUCGUGUGUGUCAUCUGGUCUCUGUAUGUUCUGAUUGACCGCACGGCUGAAGAGAUCCGCCAAGGCAAGAACAAUGCGUUGCUGCGUUUGUCCCUUCUCAAUGCCGUAGGGGUGCUGGAGUGGCCGUUCUGGACCAAGCUCAUCGUGGUGUCUGUUGGCUUUGCUGGAGGACUCAUCUUCAUGUACAUUCAGUGCAAAGUUUACCUGCAGCUCUGGAGGAGGCUGAAGGCUUUCAACAGGAUCAUCUUUGUAGAGAACUGCCCUGACACCGCCCGCAACAGAGAUGACAGGCCGCCCCCCAUCACCCAGAGUAACGGCAAACAUGAGGCAGUGGAGGUUCCUGCACCUCAGACACAAACAAUCACUUCUUGUCCUGUGCCCACAGGAAGUGUGGAGAUAGCCCCUGUUUGACAUUGGUGGGGCAGGCGUGACUACUUCCUGUCUCUGCUCAAAUCUGGGCAAGAUGAAAGGUUGGUUGUGUCUCAAAUGGUGUGUGGCUUACUGCACUACUCUUCUUGGUGCACUUCAGUGGUUGAAGAGGAUGUUGAUAGAGUAAGGGAAGUCUAGCCAAGGGCUCCUGGUGUAUCUGACCAAAGCCAUGUGAAUUACAUAAAAAAGCACUUUUUAUUUAGGGGAGGACUUUAGUUGUCAAGAAGUUAACAUAAGAAGUUUCUAUACUGUAUAUAUACUUCUUAUUGCUUAUAUUUAAAGGUGCAAUAAGUAACUUUUUGCUUGUGUCAUCUUGGAAUUACAGUGACACCUAGUGGUGUGUAUGCAGCAUCAUUUAAAAUCAAUAGUGUUCAGUAACAGAUGCCAUUGUAGAAUUUGAUUUUAACGAUCAGCUAUGAUUCAUUUAAUCCAUGAGUGAAAGUGUCCAAUAACAAGGCGGUUACUGAGAUUUAAG